CUUGUUUCCGUUAAAACAGUGUCCGACGAUCUCCUACGUCCGUGUAAACAGUGCCUGCGCCUCAGAGUAUACACCUGUGCCCGAUCACCUACGAUCUUCACUCUUCCAAUUCGUAAGCUAGGGUUCUAGAGAAAUACUCCCCCACAGAUUAGGCCCUUCUUCCGCUGAAGCCUACCAGCGUCCACCGACUCACAGAGUAUCACGUUUUCCUGGUAAUUGAUGUGGGAGCGGAGAAGUGGAAAUUGAAGUGUCAGAGUGGUUCCAAAUCUUGACCGAAGACAUUGUGGCACAAACUGCCUUCGGCCAUAGCUACCACGACGGCAAAUCCGUUUUCAAGCUUCAAGCUCAGCAAAUGCUUCUCGCAGUGAAGCAUUCCAAAAGAUUUUCAUUUAGAGCUCUGGCCGGGUUCUUGACUUCUUUCUCGAAUUGAUCUAAGUUGAACACGCUUGAGUCAUACUUGGAGAUGAGCAGCCCUGAAAUAAGGCUUUGAAGCUUGUCAUGGAGGCCCUUAGUUGCAAGAGUCCAGAAAUUCGUAUUGCGGCUUGCAUGUGUGUGAAAAACGUUUCUCGUUCGGUCACAGUUUGUAGUAUAGCCUGAGUGCAGGUUGAUUUUUGAAGAAAACUGCAACAGCCCCCUUGCUUAAUCUUUUAUUUGAUGAUUGUCACAAUGUUAAGCCUUGUUGGUUCUAGACAAAGAUCGAAGUGAAGGAACGGAGGAAGUAAGAAAAUGUAGUCCGAGUUUAGCGUAAUUCCUCUAUUUUAUCAUCAACCUUGGCCGGUAGAAUGCUUCUCAGUCAUCCAAAAAUUGAUCCCAAAAAAGCAAUCUAUCCGUCUAUUCUUUAUUCUUCUACGGCAACAGAAGCUACAAAGGGAGAUUUAGACAACCAACUUUGCUCUCUACAAUAGUUAGUGGAGGAUAGGGAAAAGGAUUCUUGGCUAGGGACAAUCAUUGGUCAUUACAGAGGUAUGCAAAUCAAUAGGAGCGGAUCACUCCACUAAGCGACUGUUCGAAGCUCUAUCUUUAGUGGGAUGCUCAUGUCUCAGACCACUCCACUUGUUGUCUGAUCUCUCCUCUUCCUGCCUCCAUAUUCCCGCUUGAUGGUUGCUCCCCAAACGAUUUGUUGUGGGUACUGUUGUAUUCAGUACUUCAGCCAAAACAGUAUACAACAAUAUUGUACGAGAAUGAAAAUCUACAGAAAAGAAUAUAGAGAAUGGAAAACUGGAAAGGAUUUCUUCUGCAUCGAUGUAGAGGUCGAUCGCCCCCCUCCUGAACCACCGCCGAUCCAGGAAGAUGACAUUGGAUGGAUUGCUUUCUUUCCGGUGGCUAGUCAAACCGGAACAAUUUCUACACUUGGCUCCUUACCGGUGGUUGGAAAAUUCGGCAAGUUCAAUAAUUCCUUUUCGGUGGCUGGUCAAGCCGAACCCAUUUCGAGUAGCAUGAGCAGACACACUGUGGUACGAGUCUACAUUGUUGCACGUUGUGCUCAAGUCUCCAUCAAUUUAACCAUUUGUGAUCAAGCCACCGCAGGUCCACAAGUUCUUGAGGAAGAGGCAAAUAUCAAUUUUCUCACAAGGAAACUUUCACGGUGGUUCAACUUGUCUCAACUCAUAAUAAUAUAUCUUCUCAAGUUACUACUUCAACCCCCCCUCCUUGGGGGGCACUUGAGGAUUACUUUGCUAUUAACCUCAGGGCCCACUAGAUUAUUUGGGUUAAAAGUCAUUGGCAUCUGCAUUUGUAAAAAAGUGUGUUAGGUCCCUGUUUUCUAUUCUACAAUGUAUGAGAUUUGAUCAGUAUGAAUAGAAGAAGCUUUCCAUUGAUGAUGAAGAAGUUUACAGAAUGAUA